GUCAAAUUCGCGAAAUCGAGGGAUGCCUAAUAUGAUGCCCUAUCGCCAGUCGUGUGACAGGUGCCGCCAGCAAAAGGCUCGUUGUAUGCGAGUAGAUUCCGGGCACGACGUCACAGAUACAUACCUGCCGUGCGAGAGGUGUAUCAAAGCGGGUGCGGUCUGCUUGUAUAGUUCAAAGCAAAAGUCUGGACGACCGCCAGUACUUUCACCAACCCGCAACUAUAGCGACUCUCGUCGUCCUAGUUUGAGAGGACGUCAUGGAUCUCCCCCUAACCACAGCCUGGAUGGCAACAUGUUCUCCGAGGCUAACCUGCCCGAACUUCCUCCCCUGAACACCGACAACCUAUUAGGCUGGGACAUGAGCCCCUCCGCCGCCGGUCCAUCCUUCGCCACGAUGCAAGGUCCUCAACAUCACAUGUCCCCCGAACACGAGAGAACUAGCCAGAGUUCAGGCUCCCCCUCUAGCCACGACGAAGACUCCUCAGAAGCCUGGACCGCCCGAAUCGCUGCCUUGACCACGCAGACCACACAGACGGCCAAUCGCCUAGUUCCCUCCGAUAUCAGCCCCCCCUUGACGGUUUCUUCCCCGCAGGUCGGCCAAAUAUUUGACGCAACAAGCACCCUGCUUCGUAUCCUCGACGGCAUCUCCGAGGCCCUUCGCGUUGCUUCUUCUUCAAGCACAGAGUCUACAACAGAUCCAACAGCCACCAGACUAACCCAGGACCCAGGCCUCAUCUUCCUUAUACUCGCAUGUCACCAGCGUCUGCUGGACUCUUUUCAAGCCAUAUGUGACUCCAUCCGCUGGAGCCUUGACUCUAUGAGCUCUCAUCAAAGCGAGGACCGUGGGACGCUUCCUUGGAAGCGCACACUACACGGCGAUGAGGGACUGCCUUGCGUAGCACAGUUCGUCAUGGUGUUACAGCUGGUGAGCCAUCUACUGAACCAGCUGGACAUGGCGUUGAGCCCUUCUCCUACCCAUUCAUUAUCCAGGGGCCAGAACCUGAGGUCUUCUUUUGACUUUUCGGCCAUAACAGACCCGGAUAUUUCUCCCAGCUGGACGAUACCACCGCUAAGCUCCUUGAGCAGCAGCCAAAGCAAUUCGGCCUUGCUUUUGUUUAGACAGGAGGCUGAUGUCAGCAAGAAAUCAGAGGAGCAAGGCUUCGUGAGGCUUGCGAAAGGGUUCUUGACAACAGUGCCGGAUCAACAUACCACUUUAAAUAAUAAGAUACGGGAACUACAAGACUCGAUAAAUGACUCUAGAAGGCUUUGAGUAUUUAGAUAGAGAGACCAGUGUACUUACAGUGCAUAGGCACCGUACCGAGAUUCAGUAUCUUAAGU